GAUAAAGUAUGACGCCUGCGAAGGAGGAGCGUUACCAGCAGGAGGCCAAGCAGAAGGAGCUGCAGCGCAUUGAGGAGGCGCUACUGAUGGCUGCUCGCAGAGAAAAGCCUCAGAAAGAUGAGAAGAAGGACACGUUUGCUGAGAAGCUGGCCACGCAAGUCAUCAAGAACCUACAAGUCAAGAUCACCAGCAUCCAUAUCAGAUAUGAGGACGAUAUAUUAGACCCCCAGCAGCCCGUCUCUAUGGGAGUCACUCUGGCUGAGCUGAGUCUGCAGACGACCGAUGAGAACUGGAAGGGGUGUAUUCUGAACGAGGCAGCCAGAAUCAUCUACAAGCUGGGCCGUUUAGAGUUCUGUGGCCUACUGGAACGUCAACAGCCCAUCUUCUAUAAAGGCUCCUGGGAGAAGAUCUG